AUUCUUCUUCACUGGAAAACGAAACUUAGUUUCAUAGCUGCUAGCAGAUUCAUACAGAAGGCAGAGGACUAACAGAGCAGAUGGCUUCUCCCAUUUACAGUCCGGCUGUCCCCUUCCAGAGUGCUAUUCUUGGGGGAAUUACUGAAGGAAAAAGGGUAACUAUCCAAGGACAAGCCCACAGCCAUGCCAAGAGGUUUGCAAUAAACUUCGUCUGCUACAACAAUGACAUCGCGUUUCACUUUAACCCUCGAUUUGAUGAGGGAAAUGUUGUUGUGUGUAACACUAUGCAGUGCAAGAGCUGGGGAUCGGAGGAGCGGAAGAGCCACAUGCCUUUCCAGAGGAACACUUACUUUGAUAUAGCCAUUACUGUGCAUGGGCAUGCCUUUCAGGUCAUGGUGAAUGGGCAACACCUCCUAGAAUACCGCCACCGUGUCUCCUAUCAAACCAUCCAGGCCCUUCAAGUUAGUGGUGAUGUCAGUCUCAACUGUGUCACCUUCUAUCCAUCCCAGACUGAAAUGUUACCGGCACCACCUCCGUAUACCCCAGGUUAUGUUCAGAAUGCAUUUGCCUCCUCAGCGUAUGCAGCACCCAUGGUUCAGAGUGCAUUUGCCCCUCCAGCGUAUGCAGCACCCAUGGUACCAAGCAUGGUGAUGCCACCUGUGUGUGGAAUGCCAAUGCCUCAGAAAGGACCUAUGACUGUGCAUAACCCGAUGAUGCCUUUCCAAGCCGCUCUACAGACAAAUUUCACCAAAAACCGAAAGAUCAUCCUUACUGGAGCCGUGUCUUGUGGAGCAGAUAGGUUCCAUAUCAACCUUCUCAAUAGCAGAACAAGGAACAUCCACCUCCAUAUAAACCCCCGAUUCAGAGAAGGAGCAUUGGUAAGGAAUACCCAGGACAGGGGCACUUGGGGCCCAGAGGAACGACAAAUGUCAUACAUGCCGUUUUGCCCAGGACAAGGCUUUCAGAUGGAAAUCAGGAACGAGGGAGGAGCUUUUGGCGCCUAUUGCAAUGGAUCAAAGCUUUUCAACUACGUCCAUCGUCUACCUGCCAAUCAGAUUGACAUGAUUGAAGUUGGUGGAGAUGUCACCCUAACCUUUGUUCAGUACUGACCUAAGGGAUAACAUCAGGAGCCAAUUCUAUUAUUUACUCCAAAUUAAUACAAAUUUCAGAAGAGUGCUUCUACAUUGUCACAUUUAAAACCCCAAUUUGCUUUUUUGGUCCGUUCCACUGGAAUUUAUCCUGGCGUCUCCAGGCUUACCCUGCAUCCCAUUGUGUGCACCCACUGCCCACACACUGUGGCCAUUUUGUGGGCUGAACCAAUAUUGGUACUAUUGACCCAGCCAGCACAGUGGCUUCUCCACCACGUACAGACAAUGGGCAUCAGAAUUCUAGAACUAACUGUAGUGAUUUUCCAGGACCUGUAUAUUGUAUUGAUAAAUGCCUGUAAGUCAGUAGUUCUCAAAGUUUUUGAAAUCAUGGCACCCUAGAGGAUCAGAUUAUUCUUUCACAGCACCCCCAGCCAAAAGUAACUUAUUAAGAAAUAUUAUAUUAAUUACAUUUUUUUAUAUACCAUCCUUAGGUUCAGUUGUGUGGUGAGGGACAAGAUUUGUUUUUGUUUGUCCACAUAUUUUAGGAUUAGCAGUCACCAGCACUGGUUUUGCCUAUUACAUUGACCAUAAAUAAUUUGAAUUGAUCCUGGUCCGCCAAUCCAGGGCACCCCUGCAAGUGUCCCGAGGAACCUCAGUUUGAGAACCACUGCUGUAAGUGAUUGUGAAUUUUUGGCUUUCUAUAUGCCAAUACAAUGUUGCUUUCUUUUUCCUACAGUAUGACACAAAGAAUUACUUACUCUAUUGUUAAAUCAAAUAGUGUAGUGAUUAAAUCACAUUGUUUCAAA